CACUGCCUCUGAUUUAUCAAUAUAAAAAAGAUCCUCUGAGAGGAGGAGGGCACUUUUGUGUGAUGGCAACUUCACUUCUAGGGGAAGAACCGAGGUUGGGAUCCACUCCUCUGGCCAUGCUUGCUGCUACCUGUAAUAAGAUCGGCAGCCCCAGCCCGUCUCCCUCCUCCCUCUCGGACAGCUCUUCUUCCUUCGGCAAAGGCUUCCACCCGUGGAAACGUUCCUCGUCCUCCUCCUCCGGCAGCUGCAACGUAGUGGGUUCCAGUCUCUCGAGUUUCGGUGUGUCGGGGGCCUCCCGGAACGGCGGUACGUCCUCGGCGGCGGCGGCGGCCGCGGCGGCUGCAGCGGCGGCCGCGGCCCUGGUGUCCGACUCGUUCAGCUGCGGCGGCUCGCCGGGCUCCAGCGCCUUCUCACUAACCUCCAGCAGUGCCGCGGCCGCCGCCGCCGCGGCCGCCGCCGCCGCCUCUAGCUCGCCCUUCGCAAACGACUACUCGGUGUUCCAGGCCCCUGGUGUAUCAGGGGGUAGCGGCGGAGGGGGCGGCGGCGGCGGCGGCGGCUCCUCAGCGCACUCGCAGGACGGCUCCCAUCAGCCUGUGUUCAUUUCCAAGGUGCACACCUCGGUGGACGGGCUGCAGGGCAUCUACCCGCGCGUGGGCAUGGCGCACCCAUACGAGUCGUGGUUCAAGCCCUCGCACCCGGGCCUGGGAGCCGCCGGCGACGUGGGCUCGGCCGGCGCCUCCAGCUGGUGGGACGUGGGCGCCGGCUGGAUCGACGUGCAGAACCCGAAUGGCGCGGCGGCGCUGCCCGGCUCGCUGCACCCUGCCGCCGGGGGGCUCCAAACCUCUCUGCACUCGCCGCUCGGAGGCUACAACUCGGAUUACUCGGGCCUGAGCCACUCAGCCUUCAGCAGCGGCGCCUCCUCGCACCUGCUUAGCCCCGCCGGGCAGCACCUCAUGGACGGCUUCAAGCCAGUGCUGCCUGGCUCCUACCCGGACUCGGCCCCGUCGCCGCUGGCCGGCGCUGGGAGCUCUAUGCUGAGCGCUGGGCCGUCGGCGCCGCUGGGGGGCUCUCCGCGCUCCUCCGCACGCCGCUACUCCGGUCGCGCCACCUGCGACUGCCCCAACUGCCAGGAGGCGGAGCGGCUGGGCCCGGCCGGGGCCAGCCUGCGGCGCAAGGGCCUGCACAGCUGCCACAUACCGGGCUGCGGGAAGGUGUACGGCAAGACGUCGCACCUCAAGGCGCACCUGCGCUGGCACACGGGCGAGCGGCCCUUCGUGUGCAACUGGCUCUUCUGCGGCAAGCGCUUCACGCGCUCCGAUGAGCUGCAGCGGCACCUGCGGACCCAUACCGGUGAGAAGCGCUUCGCCUGUCCUGUCUGCAACAAACGAUUCAUGCGCAGCGACCACCUCAGCAAGCACGUGAAGACGCACAGCGGCGGUGGCGGCGGCGGCUCGGCCGGUUCGGGUAGCGGCGGCAAGAAGGGCAGCGACACCGACAGCGAGCACAGUGCCGCUGGCAGCCCGCCCUGCCACUCCCCGGAGUUGCUGCAGCCCCCGGAGCCCGGGCACCGCAAUGGCCUAGAGUGACGCCCAUUCCGUGGCUGCCCAUCUCCUCGACCCCCUCCCGUCCCGGUCCGCUUGGGCCCCGUCUGCCCCAGCCCUUGUUCCAGCCUCUCUCCACUGCAUCCUGCUCGCACUUUCUGUCUCUUUCUCUCUCACUUAACUCAUUCUGUGACUUUACUUUGUAAAGGGCAUAUGGACAUGUAAGUAACACGCUCUCCUGGGCCCUGGCUUUCCCUCUCCACCAGGUAACACUGUCAGAGCCCCGUGAAGCCGUAACCGCCGGGUCUUUAUUUCUCAUCCUCUCCUCGUCCUCUCUCUGCCAUCCCCAGGU